AUGAGUAAAAUACCUUAACAUCAUGAAGAAGAUUAAAAUUUGUUAGGAAAUGAAAAUACACAAGAAUAAUUUCAAUCUACAGUUCAAAGGUUUUCAUCAAGUUCUAAUUGGGAGGAACAUGAUAAACCUAAUAAAAAACCAGAUCAACCAGGUCCAUCCAAAAUUGAUGCUAUAGUGAUUUUGAUUAUAAUAUUUAUGAUUGGAUUAGCAGGAUUUUGGUUAGUGAAACAUUACAAUGGUAAUGAAUGAUCGUUCUAUUCAUUAGUGGUGAUACCUGAAAAACCAAUAGAAAAUAAUAAUAAUGUACGUGUUAGUCCAUAAUUAGUUCAUCCAAAAGAAUCAGUUGUUUAAGAUGUUUUUAAUAAAAUAAGUGAAGGUCUUUAAAAUUUAGGAUAAGAAAAGGCUGAGAAGGAGUUUACUAUAGAAGAUGAAAAAACUUUAGAUGAAGUUUUAGAUGAUUAUAUGUCAAAAAUUGAAUAAUACACUGAUAUACGUACUGUCUGGGUAGAUGAUGAUGAUGUAGAAAUUAAUAAUUAAAAUAAUAAAGAUUUAAUAAGUAAAUAAACAGAAAUCGAACAAAAGUUGGAAUAGUAGUUAAAUAUUGUUGAGGAUUUAGAAGAAUUAAUUAUAUCAUAAGAAGGUGAAAUAUAAAUUAUUAAACCAGUCUUUUCUAAGAAUAUUUAUACAUAUAAAGAAUUAUAAAAUGGUUUAAAGGUUUUAUACAUUUAAUCUACAACUGAAAGUAUUACUUUAGUAGCAUCAUUAAAUAUUGGAAGAAUUAAUGAUCCUUAAGAACAACCUGGAUUAACAGAAUUAAUGUUUAAAUGCUUAUAAACCAAUUUUUAAAUUGAAGUCAAUGAAUAUUACACAAAUUUUAUAAUUCAAUUAAAUUUAUUGGAAGAAUUAAAUGCUAAAUUGUUAGAACUUUAUAUGAUAUUCACAGAACCAAUAUUUGUUGAUAUUGUUAAAAAUGCUAAAGAAUUAUUUGAAAAAAUGAUGAAUGAGUCUAAAUCUGCUCAUUUUCAAUAUGUGUCUUAAUUUUUAAAUUCAUUAGCAAAUUUAUAAGAAUUAUCUAUUUUAUCUGUUGAAUAAGAUCAAAUAUAAUAGUAUUUUAUUCAGCAUAUUUCUUCAGAUACUAUUAGUUUUGUAUUCAAAAGUUAAGAGGAAUACGAAAUUAUUUAAACAAAAAUCUUAUAAUCAAAUUUAAUGAAAUUAAAGAAUUUACAUAAAUAUCAUGAUCCAACUUAUGAAAAUAACUUUCCUCAAGGCAGACAAAUUCUUAAAUUUAAAAGUGAAACAGAGAGUUUAUUAUUAUUAUCAAUAAGUGAUGAAUAAAGUUGUUAAAGAUUUUUAUCUUAUUUAUUACCUAAGCCAUUCAUAGGUUCAAUAGAAUAAAAUUAAUUAUUAGUUAAAUUAGAUAUUGAUAUUAAUAAUACUUUACCUACAAUUAACAAAUUUAUUUCAUUUCUCAACUUUCUUUAAUAAGCAGAUGAAAUUUAAUUAACAUAUUUAUAUUCUUAAAUGUUAGUAACAGAAGAAUUAUUAUUUAAUACUAAAUACGAAGAAGAUUUAUUAAAAAUUAGUUAGAAUUUAUUUAAAGAUCCUAUCUAUGGAUUAAAAGGUGAAGAAAGUUUACGUAUUUUUGAUAAAGAUGAAUUUGAUUAAUAUUUAACAAAUUUACAAAAUAAUUUUAUUGUUUUGAUUGGAAGUGAUAACUUUUAAUUGGAUCCAAAUCAUAAAUCAAUUAAUGAUGAUUCAAUCUUUAUAGUAGAUGCUGUAUUAAAUAAACUUCAUUAAGAAUUUUAAUUUGAUUUAAAACCUUUAACAAAGUAGUUUGAUUAAACAAAUUAAUAUUAAUUUGAAUUACCAUAAUUAAGUACAUUUUUACCUGAAAAUUUGGCUUUAGUAUCAGUAUGUUAAGAACCAAUCAUAGCUUAUGAAUAGUCAUAAACUUAAAUUGAUAAUUAAAGUAAUGUAGUGAGAGAAAGUAAGUAUGAUGGAUCAAAAGAAAUAGAUUUUGAAACUAUAGAAUUUAAAUGUUAAUUUCCUAUUCCCAAUUUUACAAAUAAUUGUAUAGAAUAAGAAAAAGCUGCAUAAAUAUCUUUAGUGCCAUUUUAAAUUUCAAGUAAUGUAUGGUGGAAACCUAGUAGAUUAGGUGCUAUGGUUUUUACAGGAUUAUUUAUUGAAAAACCAGAAUCAACUUUAGUAGAAGGUAAAACAAUGCUGAAGUUAUUGCAAAAAUUUUAUACAGAAUUGUCAAAGAAAUAAUUUUAAUAAGAAAUUUUAUUUGGUUAUGAAUUAAGUUUUAAGGAAACAAUAAAUGGACUUAAUAUAUAAAUGUUAAGUUAUUCUGAAAAAUAAUCAGAAUUUUAGGAUAAAGUUUUUGAUUUAAUGGAUACUGAUGAUGAACAAUUAUUUAUUUAUGUAAAGGAUUUGUUAAGUUAGGAUAUUAAAAGAUUUCAUGAUUAAAAAUUAUCAUUAUUAACUUAAUAACACUAUUUACCUAAAAUUAUGCUACGUCCUGUUAGUUCUCCUUAAGAAAUAUUGGAUGAAUUAACUAAAAUUGACUAUUAAAGAUUUUAAAUAUUCUAAGCUAAAUUAUUAACUAGUAAAAUAUAAAUUUUGAAUUUGGGAAAUAUUUUACCAAAUGAUAGUGUAUUUGAAGAUUCAUAAGAAACUUAUAUAACAAGAACUUUGAAUUUAAAAGGACAAAAUUUAUAGUAUAAAGUGAAAAGAGAGUCAAAUAUUGAUAUGAGUUCAUCAGUUUUAAAUUAUUACUAAACAGGUUUGAAAAAUUUGGAAAACACUGCUAAAUUAUAUUUUUAUGCUGAUUUCUUAUAAUAAUAUUCGAAUAAUUAUUUUCCAAUGGGAUAAUAAAUUUAGAUAAAGAGAAGAGCAUUGGGAUGUGCAGAUGGUUUAUAGAUUUUUAUGUAAGGAUUAAAUCCUUUAAAAGGAAAGGAAUAAAUUGAUUAAUUUAUAAAGCAAGCAAAUAUUUAUUUAAAUAAAUAAUUAGAUGAAGAAAUUUUAGAUUAGAAGACUUAAACAAUUAAUAGAUUAUAAAAUGAAAUCAAAUUUAAGAGUAUUUAAGAAGAAGGAUAAUUUAUUUGGGAUAAAAUUGUUAAUAAAAAUUAUGCAUUUACAGAAAUAUAAGAUGUUAUAAGAUAUUUAGAUGAAGUAUUUCCAUAAAAGCUUAGAGAAUGUUAAUAUUUAACAAUGUAAGGGUCAAUUAGUGUUUAAGUAUAUGGAAUAUAAGAAUAGAUUGAUUAAAAUGGAAGUAUUGAAUAUGUGGACGAACUGACUGGUUAGGAUAUAUAUGAAUGCUUAUUUCAAUUAUGAUCGAUUAGUUUAAUGUAUUUAUGUAAAUUUGUAGAUUAGGGAAAAUAAAUUGAAUAAUUAUAC